GAGAUCUUUAGUUACGCAUGCGCACUGUAAGCCUAUCUGUCAGUCAGCAAUAAGGAACAAGGAGAUGGAUGCGAGGGAAGCUCCUUCCCAGAGGCCCGACACACUGGACAUCACGAUGGAAGAUGGCAGCAAUGCAGCCUCAGCUGGAGACUCUCUUGAAGCUCCCAGCAACCUGGUUCCAUUCAAGGACAACAUUCUGCCCCAAGAGGAAAGCAUUGAUCUGGGAGGAGCAGAGUUUGCAACACCCCAUGAGGACAGCAGCGCCACACCCUCAGAGAGCCUGAUGGACAGACUAAAUGACCAAAUGAUGGAAAGCGUCAUGAUUUCUGAUUCACCCAAUAACAGUGAGGAAGAGGAUGUGGCUCCUAUGGACUCAUUUCUUGAUGGAGGAGAAGAUUUGAAACCAGCCAGAGAAGAUGAGGGGAAAGAAGGUAAAUUAGUACAGAGUACAACUGAUAUUAAAAUUUUAGUGGACCAGCAAAAUAACACAUGUUCAGACGAGGACACAGCUGAGCAGAUCAACACACAAGAGGAAUCCAAAACCAGUCUUUCACCUCAAAGUGACCAUGAGAGUUUGUAUGUUAGUGGACGUGAGGAGCCACAAUCUAAGUUACCCCAAGAGACACUAUCAAAGGAUGAGCCUGUGCCGGUGUGUACAAUAUUCAGCCAAAGUACCCAGCCAAAGUCGCUGGUGCCUGAUGGCUUUCAACCCACCCUGAUCAAAUCCCCUAGUUUUAGCAUGGGGAGUGAUGGAGCAAAUGAUGACACUGUGACCCCUCGUAAGCAGAACAUUCCACUAAUGUGUCAGCCAAGCCCUAGUCUCAGUAAAUUCUUUACUGACAACGGACAGGCCAAUCCAGCCUCUGAUUUUUUUGAUUCUUUUACCACCCCUUCCUCCUUCAUCUCAAUUUCCAACCCAAAUGCAGAGGUACCUCCCGGGACUAGAAUGGCAACUAUAGCUCCUACACCAGAGCACCAGCUGUCCUCCACAUCCUCCUCCAUCUCCUCCCCGGGUGGGAGUUUGAAUUCAGGUCCUGUUAUUCCCAGCCCAGUCUUUUUUCUUGAACCUAAUGAUCAAAGCACCAAGCCCAAUGCCCCCCCAACCCAGACAGCCCCACCUCCAACUCAGUCUCCUGUCUCAACUUCAGGAUCACAAGAGCAGCCCUUUAACCAGCUCCAGGCUGUGUUUUCAGGCACAGACGACCCAUUUGCAACUGCACUUAGCUUGAGCGAGGUGGAUAGGCGCCAUGAUGCUUGGCUGCCAAGUGAAGAAACAAGGAAGGUGUUGAUUUCAGUGGCUACCCAGCAGUAUAGCCCUGCCUACGUGGAGAGCAGCAGACUUACCAUGCCAGGACUUAAGUUUGACAACCUGCAGGUGGAUGCUGUGAAGGACUUAAUGCUUCGUUUUCUGGGAGAGCAAGCAGCAAUGAAGCGUCAGGUUCUCACCGCCAACUCUGUAGAGCAGUCCGUCAUCGGCCUCAAACAACUCGUUAGCAGCAAGAACUGGCGAGCAGCAGUGGAUCUGACGGGACGGCUGCUGACAGCUCAUGGUCAAGGAUACGGCAAGGCCGGCCAACCAACGUCUCACACCACCGACUCUCUGCAGCUCUGGUUUGUACGCCUGGCUCUUUUCACCAAGCUGAACCUUUUCCAAAAUGCUGAGCUGGAGUUUGAACCCUUUGGCAACCUGGAUCAGCCAGAUCUGUAUUACGAAUACUACCCAACUGUUUACCCCGGAAAGAGAGGCUCAAUGGUUCCGUUCUCCAUGCGGCUGCUGCAUGCUGAGCUCCCCCAGUACCUGGCCAAGCCCCAGGAGGCUCUGGACCGCCUUCACCACCUAGAAACUAUCUGCCUUGCUAUUUUAGAUAACUUGGAAAAGGGCUUGGCUGAAGAUGGCAGCAUGGUCACCCUAACCCAGGAAAACAGGCAAGCGUCUCUGAAGCUGUGGAGGUCUCGUCUCGGCCGGGUCAUGUACUCCAUGGCCAACUGCCUGCUGCUGAUGAAGGACUACAUUCUGGCAGUGGAGACCUAUCACUCCAUCAUCCAGUAUGAACCUCAGCAGAGAGUGCAGCUGCUCAGUGGGAUCGGGCGCAUCUUCCUGCAGAUUGGAGAUGUUAAAAUGGCAGAGAGAUACUUCCAGGAUGUGGAAAAAGGCUGCCAGAAAGGUGGACCUGUCACUAACACCACAUGUGUGUUAAUGAACAGAGCAUUUGUCUACCUCAGCCAGAACAACUACACUGAGGCACAUGCAACUUUCCUGGAAGUGUUAAAGAUCGACCCAAAAAACCCCGUUGCAAACAAUAAUGCAGCAGUUUGCCUGCUGUACCUGGGCCGGCUGAAGGAGUCUCUAGGCCAGCUAGAGGGCCUGGUGCAGCAGGACCCCACCUCCUACCUUCACGAGAGUGUGCUCUUCAACCUGACCACAAUGUAUGAGCUGGAGUCAUCCCGCAGCACUCAGAAGAAGCAGGCUCUGCUGGAGGCUGUGGCCUGUCGGGAGGGGGAUAGCUUUAACACGCAGUGCCUCAAGCUCGCCUGAGAGGCUGGAAGAUGCACUGCCACACUCUGGUCCUCUGUGAGAGGAAGAAGCAAGCGCUACCGCCUUCAGAUGAGGAGAUUUACUUUAGUUUGCGUCUAUGGCUUUCUGAAGCAAGUUUCAAAAAAGCCUUGUUAGGAGCUGACAUUUUGAACAUUUCUUUUCUUGUAUGCGCACAGUCUGCAACCUAUUUUUCAGCCACACAUCCACAUGUAAAAUGUUCUCAAUAUAGUUAUGAGUAUCUUGUUUAUAGUAAUUAUGAACUAGUGUAAUACAAAAUAACCAGUAAAUUACCCGAUUCCAUCCAACCACUAACCAGCAUCAUGUGGGGCUCAUGAGGAAUGCGUCUUCUUAUGAUGCACUUCUGCAGAAAUGGAAGUGUCAAAUUCUGUUUUGCUGGGGUUGUGAACUACGAUGUGUUUUGAUCAAUGACUGUUGCUAAGCAACUGAGACCUUAUGGAUAUGCUAGAAGAGAGAAAAGGAAAAGAGGGUGGGGAGUCAUGUGAUUGACUAUUGGCAUGAUAAUCUGGCAGCUUGUAUUAUCAAAUGUGAUCAUUAUGUUUGUAACAUGCAUUUUCAACUUUUCAAAAUGAGUUCACUUUUGCAUUAGUCUUUAUUUAAAUGCCAGAUUUCAGUUUUCUUCCUUCAUAUUCAGUCACCGCAUCCAAAUGCUAAGACCUGAAAGAAAACGCAACCAUAACAGGGAAUUUUUGAAAAAAAGAAAUGUUUUUCCAUAAAAUGAACACUAAAUACUAAAAAAUUCUAUUAUUGUAAUUGAAUCACAGCCAUCAGGUGCUAUUAAUGGAUACUUAAACAUAAGGGACCGGAUGUGUAACUCCCAGCUUUGUCUCAUUUCUAUGUUUGCUUGCCCGAAGCGAUAUCCCUCUGAGGAGAAUAGUUAAGAUGACCAAGAGCGUCCUCGUCAUUGUGGAGCUAAAAUUCCCAGAUUUGACCUCAAAGCAGGUCAUUUCAGCACAGAAGCUGCUGGCUGAUGCAGUCUGCGCUCGUUGGAAUGAACUCUAGCUUCAGUGUAUUAAGAGCAGCUGGGCUUCUAAUGAAACCCUGUUUAAAACCUUUGUUAUAAAAGAGGUUUCUCUCGUCAUGCAGUUGUAAUGACUUCUCAUCCAGCCCCUUAUUCCAAAGCUGUACAAACCACUGGCACUUUUCUGUUUUGACUCGUCUGUAGUUUUGGUUUCCUCCUGCGGUGUACACGUUGUACAUACUUUUUACAUCAUAAGUGUUUUGUUGAAAUGUUUUAAUCACCCCCCCAAAAAAGGGAGACAUAAAACAAUUGCAACUUUAUUUUCAUUUCCAGAAAAGAACUGAAAUUUUACUUUUCAUUUCUGUUGUUCCUGAUUUAACAAUUGGCUAAAAGUUUUUCAUCUUUCCACGGUGAAGUGUUGAAGAAGUUGACUUCCAAAUCAUCUCAUUUAAAAAAAGUUGGCACUAAAAUGUAUAUGCAUAACCAUUAAAGCAGGAGCUGAUGAUGGGGAAAAAAUAAAGUAAUGCACAUGGAAA